AUGGCAUCCUCGACGCAAGACCUCAUCCCAAAUAUUCAACUCGGGAAUACCUUUGGGGCACUGUUUAUUGGGGUUGUCCUCGCAGCAGUUCUCUUUGGUGUCACCAUCGUUCAAGUUUUCAUCUACUUUCAGACGCAUAGUGGUACAGGAAUAACGUUCUACAAACUGGUCGUGGGAUGUCUUCUGAUACUCGACGCUCUGCAUCUGGCCCUGAUUAUCUAUUACGUCUAUUUCUAUUUAGUGAUCAACUACGCCAAUGUUAUUGCGCUCACAGAAGUUGUAUGGAGUUCCAAACUUCAGCCGGUAGUCGCCGUUCUCAGCAUCUUUGUGGAACAUCUUCUAUACGUUCAUCGCAUAUGGACAGCAAGGGCCGAUCGAAAGUUCUGCCAAUCACAGUGGUGGGGCGGCGUCGUCGUCGUAACUUUAGGUUUUGCCAUUGCCGUUGUUUGGCGCAUAUAUCAGGAAGUCCAUGUAAUCAGCGAUUGGGUCAAAACCGAGCUGGUAUUAUACCUGUAUUUUGGCACUGUUGCCUUUGCCGAUAUCCUUAUUGCAUCAUCGCUAUGUUAUAUCCUUGCUACGUCCCGUACCGGGUUCUCGAGAAUGGAUCUAUUCAUAACAAAGCUCACGGUUUAUAUCGUCAAUACAGGCUUCUUGACGAGUAUGUGUUCAAUAGCAGUUAUCAUUACAUGCGCAGCGAUGCCGAAUAACUACAUAUUCCAAGCUCUCGAGUUUAUACUGAUUAAAUUAUAUGUCAACUCGUACCUCGCACUACUGAACGCGCGACACUACGGGCAGCCCCACGCGGACACAACGCAUUCUUCUGACUACCAUAUGCGCCAUGACGUCUAUCGCCCGAGGUUGGACGUUGGAGCAUCGCAGGACGAGGAACUCCAGGCAUCCCAGAAGAGCAUGUUUAAACAUCCAGACGAUGAAGUGUCGCAUAUCACUCGACCUGUUCAAGUUGUCAUGCCGCAGCGGCCGGUUGAGGUGGCGAUGGAAAUGAAUUCUCUCUCCUCAACGUGAUGGAUCAAUUGCGUGGAUCAU